AUGACCCGGCUCUGCUCCGGGGGAGGGGGGGUAACAUCAGGACCCCCUCCCCAGGCCCCGGUCCCCGUAGCCACACAGGGCGAUGGAUUACACAUGCGCUCAUGGUUCACACAUGCAGCAGGAGAAUCCAGGACUCACUCACCUCGAUCCGACCUGAGACUGGGUCUGGGUUUAGAUGAUCCACAUGUGAUGAUCCCAGACCAGGCCCAGACCGGUUCCAGAACAGGUCCAGACUCCUGCUGCAAGUCUCUGGGCUCAGCGUGGUCUUACUUCCUGCAGGAAAAGCAGAUGGAGGAAAAACCAAAACAGGACAGAUCUUCUCCGGCUUCAGAUGUAAUUAAAGCUGAGUCCACCUCUAAAGUUGAAGGCUGGGGCAAUGACAUGUCUUCUUCUUCUACUUCACCAGACAUGUCUGUGACCAUCUCACUGUUUCUCAAGACUGGGACCAGCAUUCAAGAUCAUCUGCACGGAAUCACAGAAAGGCAUCAACCCUAA